GGUUACCGUAAGAGAUAAAUUGUGUGCGGUACAAUAGGGAGAGCCGGGUACGACGCUGUCCUUUAAUAUUCUGUACAGGGGACAGUUUGGGAAAUCUGGUUCCUAAGAAUAUUAGAGCACCUUAAUUGAAAAGUGAAAUUAAAAAGCAAAAAAUAUGUCGGCAAAUAAAGAUGGAGACGGUGGAUGGAAGAGCUUUCUGUGGAAUUCGGAAAGGAAGGAAUUUCUAGGACGCACGGGUGGCAGUUGGUUUAAAAUCUUGUUGUUCUACCUGAUCUUCUAUGGAUGCUUGGCUGGGAUUUUCAUUGGGACCAUCCAGGCCCUGCUGCUAACCCUUAGUAACUACAAACCCACCUACCAGGACAGAGUCGCCCCACCAGGUCUAUCCCACACCCCGCGCUCUGAGAAGUUUGAGAUCUCUUACAAUGUCAACGAUGUGGAGACGUAUCUGAAGUACACCAAGAGCAUCAAGGACUUCCUGGAGAUGUACGAUGAGGAGAGGCAGACCGACCAGAACAAGUACGAAGACUGUGGAGAAUUACCUGAAUCGUACAGUGACCGCGGUGAGCUGGAGAGUGACCUUGGAGCGAGGAAAGCCUGCAGGUUCAAGCGGACCUGGCUGGGACCCUGUGCUGGUCUGGAUGGUCACGACGAAAACUUUGGCUUCAAGGAUGGGAAACCGUGUCUGAUCGCCAAGCUCAACAGGAUCAUCAACUUCCGACCAAGGCCUCCAACCAACAGUGCCUCCGUCCCUGAAGCCGGCCAGAGCAGAGUCCAGACCAACGUUAUCCCCAUCCACUGUCAGAACAAGAGAGAGGAGGAUGCUAGCAAGAUUGGUGAGAUCAAGUACUAUGGCAUGGGCAUGGGGUUCCCCCUCCAGUACUACCCCUACUAUGGUAAGCUGCUGCACCCCAAUUACCUACAGCCUCUGGUGGCCAUCCAGUUUACCAACCUCACCUUCAACGAGGAGCUGCGUCUUGAGUGCAAAGUGUACGGAGCGAACAUUGACUACAGCGAGAAAGAUCGCUACCAAGGACGAUUUGACGUUAAGUUCACCAUCAACAAUUCAUGACCUCAGCUAUGAAAAUAGCACAUUUUCUCUGCCCCUUAUUUCAAAACAAGUUGAUUUAAGAGAAAUAAAGAAAAAUUGUUCAAUUAAAACAUGACUUGUCUUGGAACAAACUUUCAUAAUAUACGGGACCUACAGUUAAUCUGUGUGCUUUAAACUGGCUUUUCUGCAUAAUGUCUAGGGUUAGAAUGUACAUGACACCCGGCUUUUCUGCAUAAUGUCUAGGGUUAGAAUGUACAUGACACCCGGCUUUUCUGCAUAAUGUCUAGGGUUAGAAUGUACAUGACACCCGGCUUUUCUGCAUAAUGUCUAGGGUUAGAAUGUACAUGACACCCGGCUUUUCUGCAUAAUGUCUAGGGUUAGAAUGUACAUGACACCCGGCUUUUCUGCAUAAUGUCUAGGGUUAGAAUGUACAUGACACCCGGCUUUUCUGCAUAAUGUCUAGGGUUAGAAUGUACAUGACACCCGGCUUUUCUGCAUAAUGUCUAGGGUUAGAAUGUACAUGACACCCGGCUUUUCUGCAUAAUGUCUAGGGUUAGAAUGUACAUGACACCCGGCUUUUCUGCAUAAUGUCUAGGGUUAGAAUGUACAUGUUCAUCUCUUACUGUAAAUGAGAAGUCCCUGAGCCAUGGGACAUUCAUCUUUUACUGUAAAUAGCAAUUCUACUACUGUUAUGUAGCGAGCAGUGUUUCUGUCUGUCCCCCUGAGUAUUCUGCCUAACGUGGUUUCUAUAUAUGUUUGGAGUGUCCAGUACAGUAGUGGCAUACAGUGGUCCUUUCCAAGCCAUGUUGUAAUUUCUCUCGUCUAUUGUCAGUAGCCUUUAGUGGUCCAAGGUGUGUGUGUGUCUUUAAGUGUUUGUGUUAAAUGUGUUCGUUUAAAACAAAUGUGAGUGUGUGAAUGUGUGCUAAUGUACUCUUACUAAAUGAAAUGACUGGCAUGGUACGCUCUAAUCUCUCUCUAGGUCUGACUGAUCUCUCUCUAGGUCUGACUGAUCUCUCUCUAGGUCUGACUGAUCUCUCUCUAGGUCUGAGUGAUCUCUCUCUAGGUCUGACUGAUCUCUCUCUAGGUCUGACUGAUCUCUCUCUAGGUCUGACUGAUCUCUCUCUAGGUCUGACUGAUCUCUCUCUAGGUCUGACUGAUCUCUCUCUAGGUCUGACUGAUCUCUCUCUAGGUCUGACUGAUCUCUCUCUAGGUCUGAGUGUGACUGAUCUCUCUCUAGGUCUGACUGAUCUCUCUCUAGGUCUGAGUGUGACUGAUCUCUCUCUAGGUCUGACUGAUCUCUCUCUAGGUCUGAGUGUGACUGAUCUCUCUCUAGGUCUGACUGAUCUCUCUCUAGGUCUGAGUGUGACUGAUCUCUCUCUAGGUCUGAGUGUGACUGAUCUCUCUCUAGGUCUGAGUGUGACUGAUCUCUCUCUAGGUCUGAGUGUGACUGAUCUCUCUCUAGGUCUGACUGAUCUCUCUCUAGGUCUGAGUGUGACUGAUCUCUCUCUAGGUCUGAGUGUGACUGAUCUCUCUCUAGGUCUGAGUGUGACUGAUCUCUCUCUAGGUCUGAGUGUGACUGAUCUCUCUCUAGGUCUGUGUGUGACUGAUCUCUCUCUAGGUCUGACUGAUCUCUCUCUAGGUCUGACUGAUCUCUCUCUAGGUCUGAGUGUGACUGAUCUCUCUCUAGGUCUGAGUGUGACUGAUCUCUCUCUAGGUCUGACUGAUCUCUCUCUAGGUCUGAGUGUGACUGAUCUCUCUCUAGGUCUGAGUGUGACUGAUCUCUCUCUAGGUCUGAGUGUGACUGAUCUCUCUCUAGGUCUGUGUGUGACUGAUCUCUCUCUAGGUCUGAGUGUGACUGAUCUCUCUCUAGGUCUGACUGAUCUCUCUCUAGGUCUGAGUGUGACUGAUCUCUCUCUAGGUCUGAGUGUGACUGAUCUCUCUCUAGGUCUGAGUGAUCUCUCUCUAGGUCUGAGUGUGACUGAUCUCUCUCUAGGUCUGAGUGUGACUGAUCUCUCUCUAGGUCUGAUUGUGACUGAUCUCUCUCUAGGUCUGAGUGUGACUGAUCUCUCUCUAGGUCUGAGUGAUCUCUCUCUAGGUCUGAGUGUGACUGAUCUCUCUCUAGGUCUGAGUGUGACUGAUCUCUCUCUAGGUCUGAUUGUGACUGAUCUCUCUCUAGGUCUGAGUGUGACUGAUCUCUCUCUAGGUCUGUGUGAUCUCUCUAGGUCUGUGUGAUCUCUCUAGGUCUGAGUGUGACUGAUCUCUCUCUAGGUCUGAGUGUGACUGAUCUCUCUCUAGGUCUGAGUGUGACUGAUCUCUGAUCUGACACUUCUCCUUCCACCUCCUCCUCUUCUAUCUAUUUGAUGCUUCUCCUCCUCUUCUUCUCUCUGUCUGAUGCUUCUCCUCCUCCUCCUCUUCUUCUCUCUGUGAUGCUCCUCCUCCUCUUCUUCUCUCUGUAGUCUCCAACUAGCUGUGUUCUGUGUGAUGCUCCUCCUCCUCCUCUUCUUCUCUCUGUAGUCUCCAACUAGCUGUGUUCUGUGUGAUGCUCCUCCUCCUCCUCUUCUUCUCUCUGUAGUCUCCAACUAGCUGUGUUCUGUGUGAUGCUCCUCCUCCUCCUCUUCUUCUUCUCUCUGUGUCCAUCAGCAGGCAGGGAAGACUCUUCCUUCCUCCUUCAUGGAAACACUGACAGCAACUCAGUGCUUUUCAAACCAACCUUUUUUUAGUUGUUGCUGGAGACAUCACAUGACGCGGUGUAACUUCCUAAUCAAUGUUUUAACCAUUUUCAUGCUGGAAGAAUUAUAUAUUUAUGCAGUUGUACAUUUCUUUUCUUUUUUUUUGCAGGAAAAAGUUUAAAUGUAUGAAUCCGAUUCCAAAGUCACUGGUCAAAAAGUUAUGAUAUCAGAAGCAAUGCAACCCUGUUUAAUAGGAGGUUUAGUUGGUGUAAAAAUUAGAAUAUCAGAAGCAAUGCAACCCUGUGUAAUAGGAGGUUUAGUUGGUGUAGAAGUGAUCGAUGUUGAACAUCUGGACCCUUGUCAGUAGUCCAUCUGCUCUUGUCAUUUAAUUGAAUCUGGGUAUAUGACCUUAAAGACAAAUAAAUUGACAAAUGUA